GUCGGCCGAGGCUGCAGUGCUCUGAGUGUCCCUGUGCGACAGUGCGACCAUUGCGCACGCGAUUCGAGCAUCUGAAGGAGUGGCUACUGGAACGACGCUGCCGUUCUUGCGCUCACAUUGGCCCCAGCAGCUUUUUGGUGCAGUGGCUGUGCGAACAUGCAGCUCAUAAAUGCGCUCCUGCUUAGCGCAUUAGCCGGCUGUGCCGCAUUUGCACCACUCACGCCGACGCGGUCGCGACGUGUCAUCGCUGUGGCCUCCAAGAAGAAAUUCAAGGCCGCGGGCGGCGGCUUCGGCGCCGCGCCGCGGGAAAAGGGCCGCAGCGAGAAGCCGUUCAAGUCGCAAGUCGUCGACGCGCACAACGGCUUCGAGAAGUGGAAAGACGACGAGGCGGCGGACGUCUGGAUCGCGAGCCGCGCGCAACCGACGCGAUGGUGGCUCGCGGGCUACGCGGCCUGCAAGAGCGGCUGUGAUGUUGCUGGUGCUACGACGGCCCAAAAAGCUCUUAUUUACAAGAUGGGCGUGACGCUCGACCGGUCGCUCGAGCAGGCGCCGGACGGCUUGAUAGCUGCGACGGCCCCCUUCCAGUCGGAGGCUGGCGUCAUCGACUCGAGCGUGCCGCUGAAACUCAUCCCGCGCCACGUCGCGAUUCCCGAAGACGCGAGCGAGUACGGCUACGAGCCGAAGGUCUACCAGAACGCCGACAAUCUCGUCUUCGUCGAGCGUGAGGCGUCUUAGUCUUGUGAUGUGGGCAUUGGAGACGACGCGAGUGCGCUACGGCAUCGGAGACGACGUCGACGCUGGCUGUGUGUAGAAUACCGGGUGUAUUCGAGACUAGUAUACGUCAUAAGAUUAGUU